UCUGACGAAGUUAUUGAUUCUACUAAAACUGAGGUUUUAACGCGACAAAUUAGUUCAAUAACCAACCGAAUUCAAGCUAUACAUGCCUUAAACGAGGAAAUAGAGGAGAUCAAAUUUACUGAGAACGAUUCUGAGGAAAAUAUACGAAACUGGGCUGAGGAAAUCGAGUCGAAAAUUAGCGAAGCAGAUAACAAAGUAAGUGAAAUACACCAGCGUUUGAAUGAGAUUAAAGAAACAGAGAGAGCAGAAGCCGAAGAAAACGAAUGCGUUGCCAUAGAUAUCAAAAGACAAAAACAACUUGAAUUUGAGAAACGAGAAACAAAAGUUCGAGCUAGAACAAGCAGCGAAGGAUGA